AUGAACAAUUCGAAACGAUCUUCAUCCUCUCAUCAACUGGUGAUCAAGCCUUCCAUGAUGGUUUCUCCUCCAUCCUCAUCAGCAACUUCAUCGCAAAACGUUGAACAGCUACAAGAGGAAUAUUCUAUAGAUUCAAUUGCUUUGGAGUUAGAGAAAUUAUGUGAGGCCAUUCAAACUGCAACCAUGUUGAUGACUCGGAUAGGAACUUCUGAAGACAGUAAAGAAAUACGAACUGAAAUUCAACAAUUAAAGAAAUAUACACAAAACUCAAUUCAAGAUAUUGAACACCGGUUGAUAAAUUUGGAAGCAGAAAAUACGGAUCAACAAUUUUUAAAAUUCAAAGCUGAUUUUAACCGUUUGAAACAACUUCGAGACGAAUACUUUAAAAAGAAACUAAAACAGUUAGAAUUGAAAUAUCCGAAAACUAAUUUGAAAGCAAAAAGUACGAUCACCAAUCCUCUUGUUUCUUUAUAUAAAAAACAUUGGAAAGAAACGCAAAGUUCUUUUUGUGACAAGUACGGAAUUGAUCCCAAGAUAUUUGCCUCCUGGCUAAGUGGAAUUGCAGAAAGCCAGGAAUCAGAAAAUGCUGUCAAGAAAUUUAUUGCAUCUAAAGAGCAAGCAGAGCAGAAAAAUUCAACAGACAGAGAAGAAUUAUUUUCACUUUUAAAUUCUUCUUCACAAGAGCAUUCGUAUGAUAAUAGUGUUUCAGAUCAGCAACAGAAAAUUAUUUUACAGGAUGAAUUUAUAUUUUUACCAUACAAGGAAGAUGAGGAGGAAUUACAAGAUCUUCAAAAUCUUCACAAAGAUUUAAGAGAGUUAUACCAAAUAUCGCAAGACUUUCAUCAGGAAGUUCAAGUACAAGGCGAUAAGGUUGUGCAAGUCCAAAAUAAUGUUGAACAGGCAGAGCUUGCUGUCAAACAAGGUACAAGAUAUUUACAAGAAGCAAAGAAAAUUGGUGCAUUCUCAGCAAUUGUGGUAGGAGGAGCAGUAGGUGGAUUGGUGUUGGGUGGCCCCAUUGGUGCUGUUGUAGGUAUUAAGGCAGGUGCUAUUUUAGGAGCUUCUGCUGGAGUGGGAGGCUUGAUUGUUGGGGCAACCUCUGGAGGUCUGAUUGGCAAGUUCGCUACCGAUAUUGGAAACUCUUUGUCUGGUGUGUACUCUAAAGUGACGGCACCUUUUAUGAGCAAGAAAAGCAGUACUGUCCCAUCCUCUUCCAAUACGACACCUUCCAAUAACUAA